GGGGCAGAGAGACCUAGAGAGGCAGUGAGAGAAAGGGAGAGAGAGACACCAUAUCCACCACACUGCUUCUCUGUUCUCAGCCACAACUCUGAGCAGCUACCGGCGAAUCAGUUGUUACCGAGAAAACGAGAGAAGGGAGAGAAGAGGCGAGGAUUAUCAAAACAAAGCGGAAUCAUUUAUUAUUUCCAGAGAAACGCGGUGGAAAACGGGACUUUAUCUGGCUUUUUGCAGCUUGGACUCCCCUUUUCUCCCUCCUUGUCUUUGCACUGUUGCACCAGGAGCCUUCAUUGUGGAUUGUGUGUGAGGAUCAGGGAUCUCUCCUCCGUUUUGUGUCGCUUUGCAGUUGUUUAUCCACACAGCGCAACUUCUGCCUCCUGUUUCCCCGAAUAGGAGGUUUCAUUUCUGUUUUUCCUGUCGCGGCCAAAACGGAAUGAAUGACAAAAACAAAGGAGGUUGAUGUCCAUAACUCGCCGACUCACCUCUUCUUCGCCUCGCCCAAGGAACGGAGACUCCUCCGGCAGAAGAUGGACAGCGGAGGCGGGACGGAGAGCUCGGACAGCGGGCAGACGCAGCAGGCGAUGCCCGCGCAGCAGCAGCCCGACGCCGCGGAGCUCUCGGCGCUCUCCGCUCAGCCUCCGGGCGAGAAGAAGAAGAUCAACCGGGCUCCGUCCCCGGCUAGACCGAAGGAUGUGCCCGGGUGGUCGCUCACUAAGAUUCGGGGAGGGAUCGGCACCCCGACUCUAAGCGUCAAACCGGGAGCCAUUCAUUUGGGAAGCCGCGUCUCCAGACGCAGCCCCGGAGGAAGCCUCGCCGGAAAGGACGGUAAAGCGGAGAAGAGCGGUGGUGGCAAGCCGGUGGGGAAAUCUUCCUCCUCCGGGUUGGUGGUGAAGACCUCAGGGGGCAAAGCGGUCAAAAGCACCAUAGGGCGGAGGAAGGUGUCGGACGCCAGCAUCGGAUCCGAUGAUUUAUCUAAGGACUCCGGCUGCGCCCCCGGGAAGCUCUCCCCGACCGACAGCAGCUCCGAGCUGUCGGACUGCGCCUCGGAGGAAAACAAGCUCUCCACGGACGCGGUGAGCAGCGACGCCGAGUCGAGAAGCAGCCGGGGCGGAGGGCCGGACGGGGACAAGUCGCUCAGGGAUGGCGCUUCAUCGGAGAAAUCCAGCCGACGAGCCGCCGCUAAGACCUCCUCCUCCUCCGCCGCGGAGAAGGACGAUAAGGACCGGCUCUCCCUGAGCGUGGAGACCGGAGAAGGGAGCAUCUCCCCCGGCGAUGAGCGGUCGGUCACCUCGUUUGAUAGCAGGGUCCCAGCCAGCACGUCUCUGGCUUUCUCUGACCUCACGGAGGAGUUUAUGGACGGCAUGCACGAAGAGUUUGUCAGGGAAAUAGAAGAGCUGAGAUCUGAGAACGAUUACCUCAAAGAUGAGAUGGAGGAGCUGAGGUCAGAGAUGCUGGAGAUGCGGGACAUGUACAUGGAGGAGGACGUCUACCAGCUGCAGGAGCUACGGCAGCAGCUGGAGCAGGCCAACAAGACUUGCCGCAUCCUGCAGUACCGGCUGAGGAAGGCAGAGCGGCGCUCUCUCCGCGUGGCCCAGACGGGGCAGGUGGACGGCGAGCUGAUACGAACACUGGAGCAGGACGUCAAGGUGGCGAAGGACGUGUCCAUCCGCCUCCACAGUGAGCUGGACAGCGUGGAGAAGAAGAGGAGUCGCCUGGAGCAGGAGAACGAGGAGCUGCGGGUCCGACUGCAGGACCUGGAGGUCGCCAAACAGGUCCUGCAGCAGGAGAUUGACAAGAACUCCCAGAAGAAAAGAGGAGCUCGACCCAACAAUAAGCCGGACAAGAAGCUCUGUCCACAGGAGGACAGCUCAGACCUCAAGUGUCAGCUCCACUUCGCCAAGGAGGAGUCAGCCCUGAUGUGCAAGAAGCUGACCAAGCUGGUGAAGGACAGCGAGGCCAUGAAGGAGGAGCUGGCCAAGUACAGAUCGCUGUACGGAGACGUCGACGCCUCGCUCACCGUGGAGGAGGUCGCCGACUCGCCCCACACCCGCGAGGCCGAGGUCAGAGUCCACCUGAAGCUGGUGGAGGAGGAAGCCAACCUGCUGAGUCGACGCAUCGUGGAGCUGGAGGUGGAGAACAGGGGCCUCCGAGCCGAGAUGGACGACAUGAAGGGGCCGCAAGAUGGUCCUCAGGAACUGACCGGCGUUGGUGGAGGCAUGGGGGCGGGGCUUGGCAUAGGAGGAGGGGCUAUAGUCCUUGGGGGAGGGGCUUCAUCUGAAAACGUGAUGGAGCUCCAGAGGCACCUCCAGUUCGUGGAGGAGGAGGCGGAGCUGCUGAGGAGGUCGCUGAUCGAGAUGGAGGAGCAGAACAAGCUCCUCAUGAACGAGAUCAACCGCUACAAAUCUGAGCUCCCGCCCCCGACGACCUCGCUGUCGUCUAAUUCGCUGACGUCACUGACGGACGGGCUUCUCAACGACAGCCCGGUGCAUUCCAUCCAGGAGGGGGCGGUGCUCAUCAGCACGGAGGCGUCGCCCCAGGAGGAGGAGCUGCGAGCGGCGAGGCUUCAGAUCGGAGAGCUGAGCGGGAAGGUGAAGAAGCUGCAGUACGAGAACCGAGUGCUGCUGUCCAACCUGCAGCGCUGCGAUCUGGCCUCCUACCACGCCCCUUCCUCCUCCUCCUCCUCCUCGCUGCGACUGGCCCUCGAGACCGACGCAGAGGCCGGAGACUCAGCUGAGUGCCUCCCCACCAGCCCGCCUCACCGCGAGGGGCCGGUGGGCGGUGAAAACGACGCUCUGGAAAUCAGAGAGAGGAAGAGGAAGACAGAGGACAGCUCAGACACGACGACCUCACUUCCUGGGUGCCUCGGGCUGAAGGACCAUGAUGCCUUGCUGGCCAUGAGGGACCAGGCCCGCUUGGUUUCCACGGCGAUACAGCUCCUGACCUCGCCCGACUCCAACUGCCUCUCCUCCUCUCCGUCCAUUUAUCGCAAAGUCUGCAGCGAUGACGCAGCGGAGCCGUGCGACCUGGAGAAACCGCAGCCUCACGGCCAGAUCUCGGAGCUGUCGGACUUGGCAGACCGGCCUCUGGUUGGUGCUCUGACCGGCAGGCUGCAGGCCCUCCACACGCAGCUGCAGGCCUUCGUGGAGCGGGUCGACAGCCUCGGCAACUCCCCUGGAGGCGGGCGGGACCCCCAGGUGGAGGGGGCGUCACCUCAGCCUCUGCUGUCCGAAUCCGCCGACCCCUCUGAGGCCGCGCGCCGCGCCUCGCUCCCCCGCUCUGCGGACGUCCAGGACGGACCGAACACUGCCGAGGAGAAGCAGCCUGAUUAUAGGGACCAAUCAGAGCGAGAGGUGAAAAGUCAAGCAGAGGAGCGCAGCCAAUCAGACAGCAAUAAGAAGCAAAACCAGGAAACGAGCCAAACUGAAGAGGAAGAGAAGGAGACUGACGAUGCACUGCCCGACCAGUCCGGUGACCUGCAGGCCCUGCUGGCCAAAGCAGAGAAAUCAGCUCAAGGAGCUCAGGAGGAGCUGGAGAAGGAGAGGCAGGCUCACAGGGAACACACUCUCAAACUCACACAGCUCCAGGAGGAGCACCAGAAGGCUCUGGUCCGUCUGGACUUCCAGCUCCAGAGUUUGGGUCUGCAGGCUCGGCUGCAGCAGAAGCUGUGGAGCCAGGAGAGGACUCUGCUGGUCCAGGAGUCCCAGCACCUCAAACAGACCCUGCUGCUGCUCAGCCUCAAACUGCGCUGCUUCCUCAAGCAGUGGAGGCUGGGACGCAAGAUGGACACCGAGGGCAAGGACGUCCUAGAGGUGAAUAGCCUGAAGGACCUUUACCUUCUGUUGGAGGAGGAGAACUUGACAAGCUCCGCCCACCAGACAGACAAGAUGGCCGCUGCAGAGGAACAGCCACUCAGCCCAACGAUCAAGUCGAGCGCGGUGAGCAGUACCUUGGCGGACCUCAAGGUGGCACUGCAGGAUCUGAGCGGGGAGCUGCGACAGGAGAGGCAGGGCUCCCAGGAACUCACCCAGCAGUUCGCCAAGGCCAAGGCAUCAUGGGAAGUGGAGAGGACCGAACUGAAGAGCCUCAUCACACAGCUUGAGACGAAAACGGGCAAAGCGGCGGCACCUCUGUCCUCCAGCGACGCCUUGGAUCCUCCAGACCUGAAGGUGGCGCUGAAGCGAGAGCGCGAGGAGCACCAGCACCUCCUGGCCGAGUCCUACGCAGCUGUGAUGGAUCUAACCAAGCAGCUUCAGAUCGGGGAGAGGAACUGGGGCAGAGAGAAGCUGGAGCUGCUGGAGAGGUUCAGCCAGGAGAGAGCUCAGUGGGAGCAGAGACUGAGAGAGGCUACCGCCCAGCAGGGGAAGUCCAAAGGAGACAAGCUGCCCGAUGCAGAGCCCUCAGCAGACACUGUUGCUAAUGGCACUGGAUUACCAAGGACCAAGUCCAUGUCAGAACUGGAGGAUCCACAGGUCAACGGAGCAGCCAACCAGGAAGAGAAGCACAUGUUUGCCGUCCCGCCCCCUCUCCUGAUUCGCUCAGAGCUGGGUGACCUCACCAGGAAGAACUGGGCCUACCUGACCAAUGAUACUCCGGAGGUUGGUGAUAUCUGUAAAACAUGGGAUGGCCCCAGUGGUUCCUGCAGUAACGCAGUGGGAUCAGAGCUGGACCUGGAGUGCGUCCAGAUGAGCUACACCGCUCCGGAUCGCACCGGGAUCCGGAUCUACUACAGCCCUCCUGCCGUGCGACGCAUGGAGCACCAGAGAAGAAACCAGGGAGCCAAAGAGCCACAGCAAGCCCUGAACGGGAGCUUGGAUGUUGGAGCGGCCCAAGUGGAAACCCUGGAGGUCCAGCAGCAGGAACCUUCAUCCUCCUCUUCCUCAUACGAGCAGUGGCUGAGCUCGCUGUCCAAGCAGCACAGGGAGCUCCUGGAGAGCAGAAGUGGCAGCAUCGCCGCUUCGAUACCCGGUGUUGUCAACAACGGUGUCGGCAGUUCGGCUAACGGCGUGGUCGACGGGAUGACGACGACUUCUGCGUUCCGCGGUUUGGAGAUCGGGGAGAUUUCAGCCAACCUGAGCGACGACAUGAAAGAAAUGACCAACUGCGUCCGGCAGGCCAUACGCUCUUCCUCUCUGGAGAGGAAGUCCAGCAAGGAAGCAGGAAGUCAGGCGGUCGGCAUGUCCACCAGGUCCACGCAGACUGCCGCCCAGUGCGUCAGCAUCGGGCUUCAAACCGACACCCUUCCUGCCAGCCGGGGGGCGGGGUUACACUCAAAAGCCUGGUCUCCACGCCCCUCAUCAGCAACCACCUCCUCCUUAGCGUCAGCCCGAUCCCGGCAGAUCUCAUCAUCGCUGGACAAAGUCCACAGCCGCAUCGAGAGGCCGUGCUGUUCACCCAAAUAUGGAUCGCCAAAACUGCAGCGCCGCGUGUCUUCAGGGUCCACCUCCAGGCUGGACGGGAGCUCCUCUGCCAGGGAGCGCAGUCUGUGGAGCCUCCACCAGAGACCCAUCAGUGGAGGCGGAGGCUCAGCCUGGGCUCGCUCCACCACCACCAGGGACAGCCCGGUGCUCAGCGGCCUCAACGACGGCCUCUCCAGCCUCUUCAGUGUGGUGGAACACUCUGGAAGUAUGGAGUCACUCUGGAGGGGCGAUGGAGGAGGAUCCACCAGCCAGGGGACCAGCCCAGCACGGCAGCCCCCAGCGGCAGGCAAACCUUCCGGGGUGGCGAUGUGCAGCUCUGACCCUGCGUCUCAGCGUUACGGAGGCCUGGUCCAGGAGUUCUUCAGGAACGUCUGCAGCAGCCGUGGCCAGGGAGGAGUCAUCCUGCCUGGGGAGAGAACUCCAAGAGACUCCCUGGGCAGCCUUGGAGGUCUGGGGGGCAUCAGCGGAGUGGAUGAGCCCAAGCCAGAGUGUAUGUCAGCUGGCGGCGGAGGGCUCGGGGCCUUGGCUGGGCUGGGUGGAGGCAAUGACAGCGUGACCAAGAUUGUUAACAAGAGGUUUAUGAGACAUGCAGCCAGGGAGGAGGCGGUGGGGACUGUCGGAGGAGGGAAGGAGACAACAGGCAACGCCGUGGCUGCAGCGUCUGGGAUGGAGGAUGCACCCUGUGACUGCGCAGCUCAGUCUCUCACUUCCUGCUUCGGCCGCCCGUCAAGAUCCACCACUCGUCAUUCGCUGGGCCACUGCAAGCACCGCCCACAAGAGUCUGCUCCGGCGACAGCCGAGGAGAAAGGAGACAUCUGCAACGAGUGACGACAACUUCUACUGCCACAUGCAAAGACACGCAACAUGUGCUCACACAUGCGCAUACACACACACACGCACACACACAUACAAAGCAAAGGCGAUACUACACAAACACAGUUCACUACUGCCAUGCGAAGGGAUACUCGUGUGUGUACUGCCGAGCACAGAUACAACAGAAACACAGGUACACCAACACACCUCUGCUGUCACCAAAUGUACACACACCUGCCACACAGGCACACUGCCACCACACAAACACACACAUACACACACUCCCAGCACACUGCACAUACUGCCCCACAAACACACUGCCACAUACACACACUCAACACACACUCAACACACAGGCAAGUACACUCUUAAACCAGACCGCUCUAAUGCCAAGGAUAGGGAGGAUUGAACAUCCACUCUGCAGCAACCCAAACAUCACAGAACUACCAGCAGGACAGAAAACACACACAUGCACACACACACACACACGUACAGGUAUAUGCAUGCUCUUACACACCUAAUGUACACUCACACACACCCACAACUAAACAAGAACAGCUCGGCGAACUGAGGAAAAGUCUAACAAGCAAAAUUAUGAUGUCAGGAUUGGACCUUCAAGGCUACUGUAGUACUCCAAAUAACUGUUUUGUUUUCUGUGAGGGGAAUCUACAGUAAAACAGCAAACCAUGAACUGUUUUGGACUACUGUAAAAUUCCACCUCAAUAAUGUCAUCUUGUCAACACGCUGUAAUACCAGCAGCUAGAUUGGAUCUGCAAAAGCGGAGUAAAGGACAUGAAAGAUGGAAGGAAGGAAGUACUGAAGUAGGCUUCAAUAAGGAUCAUGGAAGCUUGCUCGGGGAGAAGGGCGGAAGAUCUGAGGUCCAACAAAUGCUUUGAUUUCGUCUUGAAAAGUCUGUGUUACUUUCUGAACUGUAAAGUGAGAGGGAGGCACUCGUCACAGCUGGAAACAUCAGCUGCACUCUGUCAGCAGCUCCAGAACCAUCGUUUUUUUUUUUUUUAGCUCUUCGCCAAAUUACGUCCCUGAACCUUGCCACUUUCACAUAUGGAAUGGUGAGAAAUUCAAUUAUGCCAUUUUGAUUGGUUAGCACAAAAAAAAAAAAAAAAAGAUGCCACACGUCUCUGGCAGCAGCAAGUGUCUCCAGAAAUGAGUUUAACAUGCUGCAUUGUGAUUUUAAUCGCAUAUUGACUAUUCUGAAGCUCUCUCCUGCUCCGAAUGGGAUCACAGACGGAAAACCUGAAUGAUUAUUGAGCGGACUCCACUCUCCCGGCAUGACAAAGACUUGGACUCCAUCUGUGGACGCUUGGAUUUCCGAAGCUUAUCCGUGCAUCUUUCAGCUCUAUAAACAAGCCCAUCUAAGCUGAUCUUUGACCACAUCUCCCACCAUUGUUUGCUACUGGUAUUGUUGUUAAUUUGCUAAACUAAAAGGCAAAAACAGCAUCGUUCUGUCAACCUUCUGUCGACCAACUGUGUUCCCAGAGCAACUUGCACCACACACAUGGGGAAAUUAUGUGGCACUGUAUCCAUGUCUGAAACCUAAUUUGUCAAAAAAUCUCAAUCAAAGAGAUUAUUUUUUUUUUCCAUGGGGUGGUUGGUACAUAUGUUUCCCAAACAGGGAUUAACUCUUAAAGCAGAAAUGUCCACCUUUGUUGGCCCUUGUAAAUCACAUUUUUAUAUAUAUUCCAGUGAUGUCAUGAUAAUUCAUCCUCAAAAUCUUAUUAGACAACUGCUGCUAGUCUGAUGAAGACAAGCAGAGUGCGGUCCUACGGUACGCCGCCCUGUAACAUUGCAUUAUGUUACUUAUAUUGAUUGGAGACCAUUGCUAAUUGAAAGCAAGGAAAUGGAUACUGUGUCUUUUGGCUUUGAUCAGGGAUGCACUGAUAUCAUUUUUUCACAGCUGGGACCAAUUAUUCAGAGUUAAAAUAUCAGUUGUCACCCUCAGUGGAUCCAGUUCAUUUUUUUCCACUAUAUAGAUUGAACAUCUGUAUGCAAAGUUCAGAGAAACUGAAGAAAUUUACUGAUUUAAGCCCAGUAUUGACCUGACAGCCACUACCUCUAUCAGUAUCGGUGCAUGUCUGCCCUCCAAGCCGAGGAAGUUCAGGUAGUCAAAACACACAGAGACACACACACACACACACACACACACUGAACUGGACUGCAGGCUAGAGACGUGACGACGCAUGCUGUGUAUCUGUGUACAGACUCAGAAGAGUAGUGCUCUAAGAUCUACGGGGAAAUCUGUACAAUCUUCCAGGAACUCUCACUAACCCUGAAAUGUUCCUGAGGGAAAUUUAACCGAUGCAUUCCUUUUACUAGAGAAAAUAUUCCAAGUUUGAGUCUUUCACAAAUGUGUAUUUAUGUCACACCACAUUCUAGUGCACCAGUGCAGAAUUCCUAGAUGGCCGCCCUUUACUUUCUUUCUCUCCUCCGGCUCUCACACCCCUUCCAUCUUGUGUUUCAGUAUGAAUAUCCCAAUGCUGUACAUCCCACUGUACAUGAAAAUGUAGCAUUACAGCUAAAUUUUGGUAAACAACAAAACGAUAAACGCGUGAGUUCAAAGGUAUAACUUUCCCUCAAAAAUACUGCAAGCAUUGCAAGGUUUCACACCAUUAACUCCUUGGUAGAUUUUCAAAGCUUGUCCCAUUUUAGUGAAUCUAUAAAAUGUGAAUAAUUAUUAACCAAAAGUGUCACAAGUUCCAACAGCAUCAUUUGUCGUUGCAUAGGAUAGGUCUGCAUGCCUAUAGGAGUAAAUAUCCUAAUAGUAUAUUAAAAGGGGGAAAAAUAAAAAUAAACUAAACACUGAUUGUGAAAAUCUUUAAACCCUGACAGCAAACUGACAUGAAUCCUAAACGCUCUCAUUAGUGAACUGACAACAAACAGACAGACAAAAACUACUGGAAAUUGAAGAGGUAAUAUUGGGAAGUGUUUUCAUUUCCUUUUCCUUCCUCCUAUCCUUGGCUUCACUGUGUGUCUCGCUCGAAUCAGCCGUCAGUCAACCGAUAUUCAAAGUGCCUGUCAGAUCGCCUGUUAGUCAGCUCGCACCAAAACUCAACUUCACAUGAAACACACAAACAAACCCGGCUGGCCUUUAUUUUAUGGGUAAGAUUGUUUUUAUGCACAUUUACUUAGAACAAGCUAUGAUGAGGCUAUCAUACAGUACUGUACCACAGGGGAGAAAGAUCAAAAACGAAAAGGUUUACACUAUAGUAGGAUAUAUGUAUAUUACCUUUUUUUCUAUAUAUAAAUAUAUACCAACGGUUAUUGUAUUUCUGGAAAGUAAAUUAUUUUUGCUUUGUUUUUUUUAUAUGGAUGUUUUUGCUGAUAUAUUCUAUUCUUUCUACCCUCCUCUUUAGUUGUCAUGGUGCUACCUGCAGGGCAGUGUCUGCUGUGGGCUUGCAGCUUUUAACAAGGCGUUCACCCACCUAUCAGUAAUCAAUAUGCCACCUCUUCCUUCCCUUUUUGUGUUGUUUCAUUUUAUCUGACUGAUCGCCCCCUCUGCUUAUUUCCUGGACUCUCUUUCACCUCUCUUUCUCCCUCUCUGCCGCUGUUUGUGCAUGAGCAGCAGUCUCCCGGGCGAGUGUUUCUGUCUCAGCAUACCAUUUAAUGACUCAGCAGUUUAAAAUAGGGCAUUACAGUAAUAGUGCAUAUAUUUAAAUAACACAGUGGAGAAAACCCACAGUCUAAACGCCGCUCUGUCUCCUCUCCGGCCCUCACCAGUGGUAUAAACCCCACGCUCUGCAGACAGUCUCCGCUCCGAUAGCCACCGGCUUGAUUGACGCGGGAACAGAAUAUCCGAAUUUUAAACAUAAUGACACCACAUGUAGUUUCAGCCAAGUAAUCUGAUUGGCUAAUAAAGAUGCAUUCAAACUGUUCCAUGAAGCCCAGCUGGCAUGUCCAGAUUAUCAAAGUCUAAAGUUUUAAAAGUCACAGUCUACUGAAAGUACAAAAAAUAUAUUUUACUACUUAUGCCUUGUGCAGUCUAUCCUCCAGUAACCUGUACCUAUCUGCACACAUCUGAACGCCUGUUUGUGCACCACAAAUAGUUCCCUGCGAAACCCCUCCUCCCAGAGGACUGUGGAUUAUGCUCUGGAUGGCAGAUUACACAAGGGGUACGUGGGAAAAUAUCUUUACCCUCCCUGUCCCUUUAUGCAUUCCUGGUUAAAAGUAAUUUCUUUUCUCUAGUUCCAGUGUUACGCAUCAGAAUUGCUUUUUCAUAUUCCUUCUAAUAAUCCACAACAGUUCAUUAUUUUCAUCAAGUUUUUUUCAAAUCAAUUGAUAUUACUUUUUCAGAAAAUUAGAAAAAAGUGAUUAAAUAAGCAAAAGAUGUGCUGAGGUGCAUCACAUGCUUGUUCAAGAAUUCAUACAACUUGUUUUGAAAACAAUACAAGAUUACGGGACUUAUGAAGAUGAAUACUUUAGCGGUCUCAGUCCACUUAAAUGCUAAAGAUGCUAAAACUAUCUGCACACCAAACAUCUGUAGCUCAGAUGAUGGGUAGCAAAUGUUUGAAGAUUUGAAGAGCGCCACUAGAAAAACAGGACACCAGCUCUAUGAAAUGACAAAUAGCAUGGACCUAAAACAUCUGAUGGUACUUUUUACAGGACAGGAAGUAACUUGAGAACUCUUUUGAUCUGUAUAGAGGAGAUUCUGGAGCAGACCUUUAUGUUUGGCUUGCUCCAAGUAUCAUGUUAGUGUGACUGUUCACGGUUUACAAAGGUAAUUUUGUAGACAAGAUGCAUAGGAGAAAUCUAAUGUCAGUCUUUCUAGAAAUUCAAAACUUCCUCAUGUGGAUGAAAUAAAUGUUCACUCUUCCUUCCAUCCUUCAUGUAGAGACGGCUCUUAUCAAUCAGUUUACCAGUCCCUAUUCUACCUCCUACACUCUUUACAUGAUUAUUACACUCUGAAAAAUGUUAGAAAAUAACGCAAAAUGCAUUUAUAUUGACCUGUUUUAAACAUUGUAAUGCAUCAGUCCUCUGCACAUAUUUGAUAUAUGUCAUGACUUAUAUAUACAUAUAUAUGUAGCCUGUUGUCAUUUAGUCCUGAUGUCCAUGAGAAAGUCACGCCAGUGCCUUUCCUCUACAACUACAAAGAUGUCUGGGUUUUAGUACAGCUUUAAUGUUUUUUUUUUUGCAGAAUAUUUGGCUGUAACAGUAACUACGUAGGAUGAGACCAUGUUUUGGGUGUUCCUGUUCUUUUCUUUGUUUGCUUUCUUUCAGUAAUAUUUCAGAAUUCACCUGGAAAAUCAACUGAGCUUGCAGUGUACUUCAGUUAACUCCCAACUGAAUGCUGAAAUUAAAGCCAAUUGCACACCGUACUUUGCGAUCAUAACUGCCUUGCUAAGCGACAAUUUAGUGUGCAACGUCAUUUGAAAUUAAUGCAAGGUCAGAGGAUCAUACAAACGUAUCCGUGUGCACUUUGUGUCCUUGAGAGUUAAACGACGUUUAGGAAAUAACCAAACAAAAUGGAGAUUAAAUGUCCUUUUUUUGUCUUUAGCUUAAGUAGACCUGCAGUUGACUAUACACACAAGAUAAAAGGGAAGAGUGUUCCAUAUAACCUCUUGAAUAUAAGUCAGGUUUUGUGUUUACAGUAAUGUUCAGUGGUGGCUACAUGGCAUACUUUGUUAGUCUUGCUUAACUAGGGUAAGAACGUGUAAAUAUUGGGACCAAGGUUAGGAUUUGGUUUAAGGUGUGGCCAGCCUCCAGUGUCAGGUUUCCCCUCCUGCAAUGGAGACUUGAGCUCAGACCGGUGAUGGACAAGAUGAUUCGAGUACAUGGUGCGGUGGUGCAUACGGAGGUAGUUAAGUCACACUCGUGCAAAGUAUCCCAUAUUCACACUGCCACUGUUCUAAUGCCGCCUUUGCGUCAUGUCGGAUGAAGUGAAACAACCAGGUGACUUCUGGUUAACAUGGUGAACUUUUUGAAAUACCCGCAGCCAAAAUUUCAUUUAAAGUCAAACAUAAGCAAACUGAUACUGAUACUCGCUAUUCACAGAGCUGAUUGCAGUUCUGUGUUUGUUAAUGAUAAUUUGACAUUGUCACUAUCGGAGCCCACCAAAAAAAAAAAAAAUUUGAAAAAAAUUGAAAAAACAAAAACACGCAAAAAGCAAACACAUCCUACUUGUAAUAAUUACGGCGUGAGCAGCUUUUCCCAGUUGGCAGCUUGUAUUUACGGUAAAUCCGAAAUGACGAGAACGCAGCAUGAGACUCUGAUCUCUCUAUGACUCUGAUGUCAUUGGUCAAUUCUGUCUCCGCCUCUCCAGCCUUUCCACCUGCCAGUCAGGUGUUACAUUUGCUCCUCCCCCUCAGGUAAUAAGUAGUAGACACCGUAGCCAAUGAUAGAACAGUUUUACAGGUUACACGGCAUCACCAGCCAAUGACAGAAGAGUUUUUACAGGUUGAAUGGCACAAACAGCCAAUAAGAUGUUAGACUGAGUCUAAUUGUUUCCUGUAUUUCGGUAAGUCUGUUAGCAAACCAACAUGUUUAGACUGAAAAAGUAAAAACACUGUACUCACAUCUUUUCCAUCAGUCUUUUGAACUGUUUAGUGUUUCCAACCCAUUCAUAUUGAAUUACCAUAACAUCCUAGCAAUAUGUACAUGACUUCUUAGCUGUUCAUAAUGUUAGCUAAACAAUUACCUAAAGGCUGCCUGUAUAUUCGCUUUAUAUAAUAUACUCCCAUGUUUUUUAACGCUUGAUUCUUGAACAAAAGGAGAAUGCAAUGAAAGGAAAAAAAACAAACAAAAUGAGAACACGGUAAAAAAAAAAAAAAAAUCAUCCCCUUGUAUUGCGACUUGAAAAGUCUUGAAAACUUUAUUUGUACUCUUUCUGUCCCUGCAUUUCUUUGAGAAAAGCUGAAUGUCAACAGUCGAUCCGAAGCGGCUUGCGGCUGUCGAAGUAUGUAGCUCUCUCCCUUUAUAGCCCACAUUUGAACCUUUCCUCUGUACAUAGGUGCACUUUGAAACUGAUGAAAAACUAAACGAUGGGAUACAGCAAAAGUCAAGCAAGAAAAAUAAAAAAAAAAUUGUUCCAAAUGGAUUUUUAAAGGGGUCGGGGAUUUUAAACAGUUGGGUAUUUUUGUUUUUUCAACCAUGUAGCUUGUAAGACGAGAUAUUAUCAUUGCCUCCUGUUUGUCAUAGAAUUCACAAAUAAAUGUUUGUUUAAAUUUA